CUAUUUUAUGAUUUGAAUUAUUAUUUAAUAGACUCAGAAGCAGAACAAUGAUGUACCUAAAAAAUCGGCCAAAGUUAAAAAUGAUAAGAAAGAUCUUCUUAUGACGAUCAUAAUGUCCGAAGGAGAUGAAAGGCAAGAAAGCAUAAGAGAGCAGGAAUCCGAAGAUGAAGCCGAAAAGAUGUGCGUAGUUGUCCACCCACGGCAACAGGCCAAGAAAGAAUAG